UGUGUGUGUACUAUAUAUACCAACCGAUGCCUACAUGCUUGCAUAAAAGCCUUCAGUCCAAAAGAGAGCACCUAACAGUGCAAAACAGGUUCAACAAUGGCUGAUGAUGAUAAUGCCCCCAUGCCCAUGGCUCCGAAGGUCGAACACACCAAGGGAAAGCCCAAGUCCAAGAUCUCAUCCUCCCGCAAGGUGUCACUGAAGACCCUCCUGUUGUCACGUGCAUUGGAGGAGCUGGAGGCAGAGAAACAAGCCAGAGAGGAGGAGAAGGUUCGCUACCUGGGGGAGCAGCUCCCGCCCCUGCAGGUGUCUGGCCUGUCCUUGGAGGAGCUGCAGAAACUGUGUAAGCAGCUCCAUGCCAGGAUUGACCAAGUGGAUGAGGAGCGCUACGACUGUGAGGCCAAAGUCUACAAGAACGGCAAAGACAUCCAUGAGUUGAAGCUGAAGGUGAUGGACAUGGGGGGUAAGUUUAAGAAGCCAGCUCUGAGGAAGGUCAGAGUGUCAGCAGAAGAGAUGAUGAGAGCACUGCUGGGCACCAAACACAAAGAACACAUGGACCUCCGAUCCAACCUCAAGUCUGUCAAGAAAGAGGACAUCAAACAGGAAAAGGAGGGAAACCUGGAAGUGGGAGACUGGAGGAAGAACGUGGAGGCCAUGUCUGGCAUGGAGGGCAGGAAGAAGAUGUUCGAUGCUGGCGGUGGCCAAUAAGAAGGUUCCUCACGACAUGGGGGCGGGGACACUGACUUCCAUGACACUGAGAAGUAAAAAAAUGUAGGAGAGAGAAGAGAGGAAAGAGAGUGGAGAUAGUGGGAGGGACUGGGAAAACCCCUGUGUCUCUGACUGAACUAAACUAAAGGUGCACAACUCAGGUCCUAAACCAGGGCUUUUAGACACCACACGUCACACUUCUGAGUCUCUAUGUCAACGGUAUUGCUGCUGUAGAGUUCAUGUUGCCUGCUGCAGAUUAGAGCAUCAAAUCACUACUGUAUUUAGUCUAACCAAUGUUUUCUCAAGUAGUAUCUUUUUUUUUAUCAAGUUAAGUUUAAGGAAUGUGAAUAUACUAAACUGCCCAAUGUUAUUGUUAUUUGUAAAAAGUCAUAAACUUGUAAAUAGUAAUUGUGUUCUAUUUGACUUAGCCUACACAUACUGACUUGUCUGUAGUAUCAUAGCCAAAUGAAAUUACAUAACCCAAAAACAGAUUAAAUAUCACUGUAAUUCAAAAACCGAAGAUUGUAUGUAUGAAUGUUUGACAGCCAGUUGCACAACAUGCUAUAGCACCACUAUUAUAGACUACUGUACAUAAUGAGGUGUUUUACUAUAUUAUCAACAUAGUAGAUUUACACCUGUGGUAUCUCAUGAGUCAACAAAACAAUUAGAUGCUUAAUGUUCUAUUUUAUGAAUUGACUAUUUCAAUAUAACUUUGACACAGUGAUGAAGGUACUCUGCAUAUACCACCACGCAGACAGCUGACAGCAUAUAUCAGUGUGUGGAAUGGGAUGACCUUGUCCCCAGACAUCCUGACAGUAAAAAGGCAGAGGCAGCGUGUUAACCUCUGACCCAGGAUAUACUUAGCAUCUGUUCCUUCCAAGAAUUCAUUCCACUCUGACAAUAAACAAUAAACGCCUCACAGACACAUCACAGGCGACCUAAAGUAUGACAUCACUGAACGACCUCGGAGUGACAGGUGAAAGUUGAGAUUGAGGGAUGGAAUCAGAAACACCUCAGGCAUGCAUUAAACUGAGGCCACCAGAGGUGGAACACAGGUGUGUGUGUGUGUGUGUGUAUGUGUCUGUGCGUGUUGGCUCGCUCGCUCUUUUUGUGUGUAUAUGUACAGAUUUAAAAAAAAUACUUGCUCACUCAGAAUACUUUUUUUGCACAUUUGUGCAACCAAACUUCAAACAAACGUAUUAUAACAUAAUGUUGGAUUAAAAAGUAGGAACAUCAAACUGUAAA